AUGCACUACGCCAAGAAGCACCAGAAGAGCCUGAAAAAGAUGCCCACCAGAAACACCAAGGCCGGGGUCAAGCCCAAGGUCCCAAAGAGCGGCAGCCACAAACUCAACGGACUUGGCCGGCACGCCCACUCCAACCUUGGGAAGCAUGUUCAUGCCUCCGUAGCCUGGGGUCUCAAGCUGUGCCAGCCCAAGGCCAAGGCCAAGGCUCAAAUCAAGCCCCAGGUGGGGGCUGCAGCUCCGGCUCAGGCUCCCAAGGGUGCCCAGGCCCCCACGAAGACCCCACAGUAG